UUCUCCGUAACAACCUCAUCUUUUUUUUUUGUCACCUACCUACUCCUACUAUAGCUCCCUCCUCGUUUUCCACCCAUAAAUAUUUUAAUUUAAAUAAAUAAAAAAGCAUCAUUUGCAACAAAAAUAAAAAAAGAAAAUUAAUUUUCCCAAUUUUAGUCUAACCAUUGAUGGAGACACCCAGUCAACACUCAUUCAUGCCUUCUCCCAUGACCAAUACUUCAUCUUCUUCUUCCUCCAUCCGCUUCAUGGGUCUCCUCAAACAACCCGACUCCGACCCUAACAACAACCUCAACCAGCUCGAAGAGUUCGACGAGAACGAUGUUUUCUGGUCCGAAUCCUCUGAUUGUUCCAGUGUUGCUAACUCCUUUUCUCCCCCUACCCUUUCCACCUCCUCUUCCCCUACGCGCAUCCUCCCUCAACGCGCCGCCACCCUCUACAAAUCCUCAAACUCCGGCCUUUCCGCUGCUCUCUCCGACGAUCACCACCCCCUCGUCCGCCGCAAAUCUACGCUCAAUCCUUCCGUUUCCGCCGCAUCCGCUGCCAAAAUGAUUCCACCUGUGUUUCGUUCGGAGAAUUCAAAUCCCAAUUCUCUGCCUAAAUUUCACCAGUCGGCUCCGGUGAAUGUGCCCGUGUGGCAGAAGAAGAGUACUGGACCGUUUGGUGGAUUUGAUCGGUUCGAUGAGGUGGACGACGAGCUGCUAGAAGACCAGGAAAUGGUUCCUCCUCACGUGAUGCUGGCUCAGUCGCACGUGACGUUCUCGGUUUUUGAAGGCGUUGGGCGGACGCUAAAAGGCAGAGACUUGCGGCGUGUUCGUAACGCUGUCUUUCAGCAAACAGGUUUUCUUGAUUGACCCAUCCUAAAAAUCCCCGCCCGUCAAAAAAAAAAAGAGGAAGAAAAGGUCAAUCAAUUUAUUAUUUUAGUGAUUGAAUUCUGAAGAAUAAUUUAAUUUCGAAGGAGUCAGUUGCUGUACGUUCUUUUCAAAGAUUGUAAAUUAUGAUAAAAAGGUACAAUCAAUUUGCCUUGUUGACAUUCCAUUUGGAAAAUGGUUAUUACUUUGUAAUUAUGCAUUAUGGUGAAGUAAGCGUCCCAAAAUAAGUUGUAUUCUUUCCUCGGUUCAAGAUAAUGUAUUGAUCAGAAUGAUAAAAUGCUUUUCUUUUGCAAAUA